AUGCUCGGCAGGAUCUUCUUUGCGUGCCUCCUCCUCCUCCUGGGCCUGUGCAGCCCAGGCUCCUCUCUGAGCUGCAGGUGGAUGGACCAUAAAUUCAGACAGUACAGUGAGAACUCGCUGGUUCUCAUAGAUAUGAUGGCCAGUCAUUACACCGGCCAGCAUGAGGUGGCUUCCCCUCAUCACCUGUACAGCCAGGCCUCCAAGUUAUCACCUGCGGACAAAGUUGCUUUUGCAGCUCAGGUCCUGAAGGAGGUGUGUGAGCUGCUUGAGGAGGAGGAUGGCUCUUCAUCGUGGGAGGAGAGCACCGUGGAGCACUUUCUCAAUGUCAUCAUCAGGCAGGGCGAAGAACUGAGCGCCUGUAUUGGAGGACACAAGAAGACCAACAGGAAACUGCACAUGUACUUCAAAAGACUCCCUCGCACUGUCUUUGUGCAGAUGGGUCGCAGUGCGGAGGCCUGGGAGCUGAUCAGGAGGGAAAUCAAGUCUCAUCUCAUGGAAAUGGACAUGCUGGUUGCAUCUUUACUGACAGCCAACUAA